AUGUCGCAGGAAGAGGAGAGGGUGGCUGCAAACGGAAGAAGGGCAUGCAUCUUUUACAGGUUGAUGGUGGACUCCCUCAUCCAUGAGAAGCAGCUGGGGAUUCCAAAAAAGUUUGCUCGGAAAUAUGGGGAUGAACUUUCUGAUGUCGUUAGGCUCGUCGCUUCUGAUUCUAGUAUCUGGCUAGUCGAGUUAAGAAAACAUGGCAGCAGAUUAUGGUUCCAUGAUGGUUGGCAGAGAUUCCUGGAACAUCAUUCCAUUCAUUCCGGUCACUUUCUGAUUUUCAAGUACGAAGGGGACUCGACAUUUCAUGUUUACGUAUAUAAUCUGACUGCUUCCUGGGAGACGAAUUCUCACAAUCCUCUUGGUAGCAAAGAAUUUAUUUCGAGCAGGCAAUUUCCAAUGCAUACGAAGAAAAAUCAAGAUACUGACAGUGUUGUUGAAAUUAGAGACCUUUGCUGUGCAUGCCCAAUUUGUAGCUGUUUAAAGGACAAGUGUUUCCAAGAAUGUCGGGGUUGGCGAACGACAAACAGAAUUCAUGAUGGUGUCAAUAUCAUUAGGCCCGAGCCUGUAGCUGAUUGGGAGGUCUUUCAUCAGGAUAAGGGGGUACAAGUCGACGAAGUUGAGCUCCAAAGUACAUUCGAUGGAGUCGGGAUAGAUCGGUUGUUUCAGAAAAACCGAUACCGGAAAAGGAGAAAGCAAAUAAAUGAAUCUAGUAAGCACCAUAAUCUCGAUAACUAUGUCAAUGCUUUAUCCUAUUUACUUUCUCUUUACACAUAUGAUGAAGUUGCAGAUGAAAGUGAGCCAUCGGUGAUGAGGAAAGAUGGAGGUGAACUGCCUACUGUCGAGGCAUCCUAUGGAAAAUCUUCAAGGGAGUGUAACGCUGCCAUCAUUGAGGCAAGAGGGAUGGCUAUCCGUGCAGCUCACAUGUAUGAGCCCAAUAAUCCUUUCUUCCAAAAUCUGCCAGCCUCUUUCAUUGGGAUGCAUCUAAAGGGGGACUCCAGAGACAUCACUCUUCAGGUUUCUGAUGGGCAGAAGUGGCGCGUGCGAUGCCUUCUCUUCAAUGGCAAAGGCAAGAUAAGCAGAGGUUGGCGUGAGUUUGUGGCAGACAAUAAGCUGGAGAUAGGUGAUGUCUGCAUCUUCGAACUGCUUCAGAGAGAAGACAUUGUGCUCAAAGUUACCAUAUUUCGGGUUCCUGAGAUUGGGGUUGGGGCCUACUGUUGCGCAUCCUAUUCAGGAGGAAGCUCUUCGAUGAAGCUGACUUUUGAUAGUUCACAGAAGUCCAAUGGGCAACGUGUUCAAGCUUCCCCAAAAAAGAAAGGUGUUCAACUCCUGAAAGAGCUGUAUAAACGGUCUGCAUCGGAGUCGGCUGAAUGCAUCUAUCCUUCUAAGGCACUUAAGUAG